AUUUGUUGCCACACCGCGCCGUCAGGUUCAUCCAUGGGUUCAUCUCGCAUGAAUGGAAAGAUAUUAGCAGUAAAAGCCUUGACUUAGGAAUGGGAACUGGAUGUAGAGACUUCCUAGUUAACAUUACUAGUCGGUAUCUGUGUAUUUAACGUGGGGACUGUGCUCGUUUUAUCCAACUUUAAAGUGUUGUCUGUUUGUUUGUGUGUUGAGUGAAGCUAAGUACUGCUAGCCUAAAGCUACCAGUCAGGCUAGGGAACGUUAACAGUCCGUUAGCUUGUGAGCUAGCCAGCCCAGCUCCAACAUCAUUAGACCAGAAACAGAGAAAGAUGGUUCAAAGUAUAUUUGACCUUCCGGUGGAGAAGCAGAUCUUUUAUGCUGUGUUGGGGUUUUCGUGGACGGUGUAUCUAUGGGAGGCUUACCUUUCCUACAGACAGAGGAGGAUAUACAGAUCGACAACACAUGUGCCACAUGAACUGGGGAAGAUCAUGGACUCUGAAACAUUUGAGAAGUCACGUCUUUAUCAGCUGGAUAAAAGUAACUUCAGCUUUUGGUCUGGACUCUAUUCUGAGACUGAAGGGACGUUGAUCCUGCUCCUGGGUGGCAUCCCAUUUCUGUGGGGCGUCGCUGGUUCUGUGACAGUUCGCUUAGGAUUUGGUCCGGAGUACGAGAUCACUCAGUCGCUGGUGUUUCUGACGCUCGCCACUCUGUUCAGUGCCUUUACUGGACUCCCGUGGAGUGUGUACAACACCUUUGUCAUUGAGGAGAAGCACGGCUUCAACCAGCAGACGUUGGGGUUUUUCUUUAAGGAUGCUGUGAAGAAGUUUGUAGUGACCCAGUGUAUCCUGCUGCCUGUCACCUCGCUGCUCCUCUACAUCAUCAAGAUUGGUGGAGACUACUUCUUCAUCUACGCCUGGCUCUUCACCCUGGCUGUUUCUCUGGUUCUUGUGACGAUCUAUGCUGACUACAUUGCUCCACUGUUUGACAAGUUCACACCUUUACCAGAAGGAGAGCUGAGGACAAACAUCGAGUCUAUGGCCAAGAGUAUAAGCUUCCCCCUCACCAAGGUUUAUGUAGUUGAAGGUUCUAAGCGUUCAUCACACAGCAACGCAUAUUUCUAUGGGUUCUUCAAGAACAAACGCAUUGUGCUGUUUGACACUCUGCUGGAAGACUACUCUCCUCUCAACAAGUCUGGAGAGCCGGUGCCCGAGCAGCCAGAGAGUGAUGACGCAUCCAGCGAAUCCAAAGCCAAGCCCAAGAACAAGAAACAAGGAUGCAACAACCCAGAGAUCCUUGCAGUCCUGGGUCAUGAGCUUGGCCACUGGAAGCUCGGCCACACGGUCAAGAACAUCGUCAUCAGUCAGAUGAAUUCCUUCUUGUGCUUCUCCCUGUUUGCUGUUCUGAUUGGACGUAAGGAGCUGUUUGUAGCUUUUGGCUUUAAUGACAGCCAACCCACAUUAAUAGGCUUGAUGAUUAUCUUCCAGUUCAUCUUCUCUCCGUACAAUGAGCUCCUGUCCUUCUGUCUGACAGUCCUGAGUCGCAGGUUUGAGUUCCAGGCCGAUGCCUUUGCACGCGGCAUGGGCAAAGCCUCGGAGCUUUACUCAGCCCUCAUCAAGCUCAACAAGGACAACCUGGGCUUCCCCGUGGCUGACUGGUUGUUCUCCAUGUGGCACUACUCCCACCCUCCCCUGCUGGAGCGCCUCAGGGCGCUGGGCAGCAUCAAGCAGGACUGACGGGGCUGGAAGGGGGAGGCGCGCCCACGGCCUCCUCCCAAGGGCCUCCGCAGACCCCUCCUGGCCCUCUGAUGCUCCCUGCUCCUUUUCUACCUUUCCACCCCCUUAUCUUGUUUUCUCUUGUUUGAGUAAUAUCUCUAUUUGCCAUUCUUUUCCUUCGAAACUUUGUUUUAAACCAAACCAAAACAUAUCAGCUCAAGCCAGCCUAGGAGGAUCUUUAGCCUGAACUGAAGUGUCCACUCCUUCUCUAGAGACACUAAAUGAGCACUUACUGAGAGCAACACAUCUGGGCAAUGUGUGUCUAGCAAAAGCUUUUGUCAGGGCACAAGGCACAUUUUGCAGAUUAAGUUUUUGAAUUAUUCUUUUUAUGUACAAUUUGAUUAUGACUUUUCCUUUUUAGACUAAAAAAGAAAGUUCUAAAGACAACCUGUCACUUCAAAACCUGACAUUUUACUAACGGAUUUGUUUCUGUUGUGAUGCGUUCAUGACAUCCUACUGAUAAAGUGACGAGAGUAUAUUUUUAAGCUUUUUAAGUGGUUAAUCCUUCAAGUGCGAUCAGUUUAAUUUAUAACAAGACAUAACGGUCAACUUCAAACAUGACAAUGCUUUUUGCAGAUACACAGGCCAGAAUUUGGUUUGUCUCUCAAGUGCAACUGAUGCUUCUUUAGAAAAAUAUGUCCAGGCAAGCUCAAGAGUAAAAACAUGAAGUCAGUUAGUCAUCGACUCAAAUGUCUCAAGAAGAACUAUGUAGGUGCUUUAUCACAGCGAAGUGAGGGCCUCGAAUUAUCUCGGUUUUUGUUCAGAUUUUGGACGCUCUACGAACAAAGCCGGGCUGAAAAUUUCCUCUACAUUUAGUUUAGACUUUGGAUUUUUUUACAUGCAUUGGGGAGGAUCUUGUUUUAUUUUUUUCUAAAGCACUUGCUUGCCAAUGGUUUCCAACCAUACUUGUACAUAUGUAACUUUAAUGAGUAGAGUAUUGGCGUAUGAUGUGAA